GUCGUGUGUUCAACAAAGGAAACUACGCGCUGAACUCCUUGAUAAUCGCUGAAGUUGCAGAAAACAUCACCCGCUGCUAUCAGAUAUCAGUCACAAUGGACUCCACAACUGCUCAGGUACUUGACUCGUUCACGGAUAACCUGGUAUCCACAAGAUCGACCGAAGACGACGAUAACCACUCAAUCGACGACGAUGAGUUUCUCGAUUUGUUGGAAGAGGACGAUAGCGGAGUUUUGGGCGCGCUGAGAGAGCAGAGAAUGCAGGAGCUUCACUCACAAAUGAAGGAGGCGAGACGGUUUUAUGAUUCAGGACAUGGAGUGUUAACGGAGGUUAACUCGGAGAAGGAGGUUAUGGAAAUUACCACAUCAACGAAAUGUACAGUGGUACACUUCUUCCACCCCUCCUUCAAACGGUGCCAGAUAAUGACCGAACGGUUGAAGACAUUAACCGCUAAGCACAUGGAAACAAGAUUUAUCAGCGUCAAUGUCGACAAUGCUACAUUCUUGAUCGUACGACUGAAAAUCAAGGUCCUGCCGUGUGUCAUGGCAUUUAUCGACGGCAAAGAAGUCCUGCGACUUGUCGGGUUUGAGAAGCUGGGUAACUCAGAUGAUUUUGACCCGGCGGUGCUGGAGUUUCAGCUACAGAACUGCGGUAUGUUGUUUCCCAUCCAGAGUAUACUAUAAAGCAGCUGCAGAUCACUAACGACGAAAUUACAUCUAGGAGUCAUCAAGCGGAAACUGGGAAAGCUCAGAGAAGGACAGUCAGCCUCGUCAAAUACGAUUGGCAAACGGUCCGGCAAUGACAGCGAGGAAGACGAUUUCUGGGAUUAGUCUGCAGCAACACGAGCUGUUUUAGUAGAUCUAGACAAUAAACAUACAUCAAUUAUUCCUUC